AUGAAUCCCCCCAAAGAGAAGGAACCCCUUCGGAACUGCAGAGACCAGGAAGAGUCGAGCGCCCUACCCUAUACCCCUCACCCAGAAAACUACGUCAAAGUGAAUAAGUCAAAGUAUAACAACAGCGGAAAUUACCAUCAUAAGCAGACGAGAGAAAGUCAGGGCAGUUCGAAUGAUUAUGUAAAUUAUAAUAAUUACUCUUACAUGUGUAACAACACCGGUGGGAAUUACAACCCAGGAAAGAUACAUCACCACCAGUAUGCCAAUGGGAGAUACCACAAGAUGGGUUACAACGAAGGGAAUGGCGAUUACCCACCCAGGGGUAGAACUUAUCGCAGCAACAACGGGGUGAAUAACACCGUAGGCACCGGGAUAUGCGAGGAAGAGAUAGUGCACCCACAUUAUAAUAGAAGAAACGGAGGAAAUCGCUACCAUGACGGUGUAGCAACAGCCACUGCGAAUGGAUUCAAAACGGUGCCAAAUGAUGCACAGGGGAGGGGUCCUAACGGGGUGGUAGAAUCGAGCGGAGUGAUAGAAAAAGAGCCCGAUGUGGAAGGAAUGAAUAAGGACAUGUACCCAAAUGGAAAAGGCCCAAGUUGGACACAUAGAACGAACAACUGCAUGGGGAAAAGUUACCCUUCCAGGAUGGCGGCGCCGAGGAGUGGCGCGGGAGACUACGCCGGAAAGGCCCAAUCGCCGCUAAGCCAAAGUGGCCAUCAGAGUGGCCAACAAAAUGACCAACAAGGUGACCAACAAUGCGCCGUCCCAAACGGAGUGGAAGUCAAAAUGAAGGGCGGAAUUGAGAGUCAACAGGAGAACCACCACGUUAUGGAGUGGGACAGGGACAACCCAAACGCCUUUUCCACCAAAGGGAGGAGAAGAAACAACGGUCGCUACAUGAACGCAUAUAAGGGCGGCGCGAAUUACGCCCAUAGCUCCGUGGGCAAUCGCUCCUCGAACUACUGCGGCGGGGGAAACUUCAGCCACGGCUACGGUCAAGGUGGCGGCAAAGGCAGCGGCCAAAGUAGCGGCUACGGGUACAACCAAAAUUACGGCCAAAAUUAUAACCAUAAUUACAGCCAAAAUUAUAACCAUAAUUAUAACCAAAAUUACAACAAAAAUUACAACCGGAGCUACAACAAUUACAAUCACAAUCAGAACCACAACAGUCACAACAGUCACAACAGUCACAACAGUCACAACAACCACAACAACCACAACAACCACAAUAACUGGGGCCAUCACAACAGCUGGAACCACCACGGCGACAACCAGGGGGGAAGCCAAAGUGCUAACUGCGAAGCGAGGGCAGCUGCCAAGGUCAGCAGCGGUGGAGAAGAACCACUCAGUGAAGGCGUUGACAGUUGCCUAGUGCAGAAGGAAGGGGCUGCAGAUGGUGGCGUAUCUACGAACGACAAUUGCCUCGAUGUUAGCUCCCCAAGCAACCAGUUGGAAGGCACAGGGAAGACGGAUGCAGUCCAAGGAGGCGACCUGACUAAAGGAGGCUGCAACGAAAGGAAUGGCUCGUGUGGUAAACCUUCCGAUGGAGAAGUGGACACACAGGUGUGCUUGAAUGUAGAACAGGAUACAAAUCAGCAGAGCGACAAUUGUGAUGUUGUAGAGGUGUGUAGGAAGGACCAGUGUAGCAGUAAAGAAGGUAUGCACAUCAGGGAAAGAAACCAUGUAAUGGACAGCACUACUUAUGUGCAGGCAAAUAAUGGAGUCACGGGGAAAAACACCAAUGACAACUACUCACCAGUCCCGUUUAAUAAGAACUGUUUAGGUAAGAAGAAGGCGCUAAACAGAAGUUACCCCCCUGUGUAUAGCUCCAACUAUGAAAUUAACAUCAAUGGAAAUUUCUGGAGGGGAAAGAAUAAUACCCUGUGCAAUGGCAGUACUAGUGGAGCUCGUUCAGAGGACUGGAAUGGGAGGGACCCAUUUCGAGGGUCAUCCACGACAACACCUCAUAAGGGUUACAAACAUAAGGAACGUAUGAACGGAAGUGUAAAAUCGCUUGUUGAUAAUGACCUGGUAACGAACACCCAAGGGGACUACUUACAAAAUGUGACGCAGUUGGACAGUGGCCACUCGUUUGAUGAGAAUAACACCGUAACGAAAGAGUAUGGGGUGUCUGAGAAUGGAGACCUUCAGGUGAGGAAUGUUGGUGGUAGGACAUUGAGGGAGGAGCUUCAUCAUCAGGAGGAGGAGGAGUUUUACGUGGAUGAAGUGUGUCCAGAUGGGAAGACGACCAUAGGGGAAGAAGAUACCUUGCGGAAAAACCUACCUGCGACGACUAUAUCGAACGGUGUAGGAGAGGCAGCACUUGUGUGCGGUGAGGAGAGACAGUGCUUGGAUGAUACAGAAGGAAGUCAUGGUGGUGGCGAUCGGUCGCGGAACCCCUUUCCGAGGCGCCUUUCCAAUCGUAUCGCAAAGUGUGAGGGGGGAAAGACGGACACAGUGGUGGGGGGUUACCCCUCAGGGAGGGGCGACUACUACAACCAAGUGAGUGGGAAGUAUAACCAGGGCGGAGCGCCCUCUGUGCAUCCAUCGCAAGAACCACAAGGAAUGUACAAAAGCGGGGCAUAUAAAAAGCAAAACAGUGUGUUUCCCCCAAACGCGCUUAAGAAACAUGGAAGGAAUUUAAAAGGAGGCAAAUCUCAAUUCCCCAGCAUGCAUGAAUGUUUCUUUUCAUCUAAUAAAGGGAAGGGAGGGUCUACUCGGAGAAGUGAACCCGUUGGAGUAGACGAAGUGGAUAGGAAGUUCCCUCCUGGCGAACCAAUGUAUGGCAUGACAAAUGAGGGGAUAGUUUUUGUAGGAGAUUCCAGCUACACAAAUGGUUCUCCCUUUUGUGUUAAAAGUAAGAUGAUGCUAUCGAGUAAAGGUGCAGUGGAAGGCUGCCAUUACGAACAGAAGGACGAGUUCUCCCCCACGACGGACAACACAACAAUGAAUUUUUACAGAGCGGAAUUGAAGGCGCUCAAGGAGGAUGUUCAAAUCUGUGACAGGAGUUCAACUCGAGAUAAGGAUUCCAUUUUGGUGAACCCUAACCUAACCCAUGUUAGGAGCAGUGUACAGCUUAACUCGAUGAUGGCGAUGAAUGGCUGGAGGAAAGAACCCAUCCUAAGGAGGCAAAAAAAGGGAACUGCUGCGGACAAAUUUAAACGAUCCAUCAUGGGGAGAGAUGCCGGGGAUAGCAGAAAGGGGAGAGGCGGGGUUGGGGGCUUGGUCAAGGAGGAGCACAUCAUGGUGCAUAGCGGUAACGCGCAUGAUGUGGAGCAGCAUCACGGUGAACAGAGACUAAGUCAGGCGAAGGCACCAACUACCCCCCCAAAGUACCGUAGGUCUAGAUCGGAGAAUAUACAUUACUGCCACAAUAACGACCUAAAACAUUUAGAAGUGGCCAUGAUGAAGCCCCACAUGGAAAAGUUCAAGCGGACGGUGAAUGUCAAUGGGUUCAGAACCCUUUUGCAAAAGGUUUUAAUUAGCUACGUCGAUGGGGAUGUGGUGGAGGGGGUAUCCACAAUGUUGGGUUCACCCAAUGAGCAAGUAAAGGAGCAUCAGAGUAGGAAGGUCCAGUACACAUUUGGUGAAGCAACACCUGCUUGCAGUUACGUGGAGGGUGUGAAAGGGGGAUGCUCUGCAGAAAAGGAAGUGACAGUCGUCAGGCAAAUCGGUGCAGUUAAAACGGACAAAGCGAUUUACGUUUCCCGAGAUCAUCUUAACUAUGGUAGUAAUAUAAAAACGCAGAACACCUUUCUUUGCUUAGCCUUCGAGAGGGCCCUCCGUGUGGACAGGGACCCCAAGACAGAUGAGGACGAUGCGGUGGACCGCGAUACGGCGGAGCGCCAUACGGAUGAAGCGAAGUGGGAGGAAGACAAACGGAUGAGUUGUAGCCAUGGAGAGGAGGAGGAAGAAGUAGUAGCCCCCCGUGAGGGAGUGGUCAGAGGAGCGUUCCUGAGCAGGAAGGACUGUGUGGGUGGCGGCGACGCGUGCGCAGGGAGUAGCCGUGUAAGCGUUCAUUGCGGCAGAGUAGGAGGAAACUACGGUGAGCGCAGCCAUUACAGUGGUAGAGGUCACCACCGAGGAGGGAGGGGUCACCAUGGAGGAAACUACGGUAAGCGUGGAAACUAUCACCGAGGUGACAUGCACAACGAAGUGGUCACCAGAAACAACCUGUUCAAGUGUAUCCCCCAGGAAAAUACUCCCUUAAAGAGUAACCUAACGGAUGGCAACACCUCCCACAGUUACUCCAAGAAUGAAGUACUGGGGAACAACAGCUAUGGGGACAAGGGUCUAAUUCAAAAUGAUUUUGUGUUAAGUAGAAUAUCACCCACAGGGACGGGUACCACCACCACGGCGACCAUAACGACGAUGGACACAAGUGCUUCCAACUGUGCACACUCCAAGGUGCACAUGAACGGUAGUGGUGGAAGAAUGGUUAGGCAUAUGAUCGGCCAGAAGGGUUUCUUCGCCCACCUCCCUGAACGACGCAGGAGAAAUAUAAACACAUCGGACUACUGCUACAUGAAUGGUCAGAAUGACUCUUCCAUGGAGAACUACCAACCCCAGGGGUGCAGUGUUGGGAGUGGCGGCCCUAGCAGUGGUCAAAAGGGAGGCCAAAACAGCAGCUACAAUGACCAUCAGGGAGGAAGCGAAGUUGAGGGCGUAAACGACAAUUACGGCUUUUAUGCCAAUCACUUUGGAGGUGGUGAACAUUCAAGAGGAGAGAACACUGUAGGUGGUGCAGAUGCACUGGACAGCGUGCGAGACGGUAACGGAUAUACAUUCAAUGGGGGGUACGAACGCCACAACCACAGUCACAUGAAUGGCUUUACUCAACGAAGGCAGCAGAGAAACGGGACCGCCAGUCAUUAUAGAAUAGGGGGGCACCAAUGGACCAACCAACCCACGAACAGCAACACAGGGAAGAAUAGAAGUCAUUUUAAUAAUUACAUGAACAGAAACGGGACGAUGCCAAACAGUCGUUUCUCCUGUCAGAGGAAUGUCGCCACGGGGAACCUUUUUUCUUAUGCCGAUGAGGGAAGCAUGCCUCCCCACCACAGUAGUGGUAGCACGCCUUUUAGCAGUGGUAACGCGCCGUUUAGCAGUGGUAACGCGCCGUUUAGCAGUGGUAACGCCCCGUUCAACGGUGGCAACGCCCCAUUCAGCAGUGGCCCUGUUAAGGCCGGCUCAGGGUUCGAUCCUAAUGGGGGCUUGAUCAACCCAGGUAACAACGGAGGCAGUGCCAGUGGAGGGUAUCAUUAUAACGGCGGUUGCGAACCGACGUUCAAGUCAGCUACCCAUACGGUGAAUGGGCGGACAAAGGGUAGGAAUGCUUCGUACGUAGGUGGUGGGUACGGGGCUAACCAUGCAUUCAAUUAUGGAGCAAAUUGGUCCCCCCCCGCUGUCGCCGGCCCUAGUACAUCAUCCCACUUUGCAGCCACCACAACGAAUGCCCACCAAAGUACACACGGAAAGGGAAACAACCAUGUGAACGGGGAUGGCUUGAACAGCGUGCCCACGUUAGAUGAGAUCAAGUGUGAGGACACCGAGGUGGUAAUUAUUAACAACCCAUUGGAGAAGACACAACCAUGUACCAUGGUAAGUAAAAAGUGGGUGAAUUAUGGUGCCCACGCUGGAACGCAUUAUAGAAGCGACAGGAGAAGAACGCAGCCAAGUCCGCAUGAGGAGAAAGAACAUGUGAUGUAUAACGGAAGGCAAGACGUAAUUGACAGGGACGAUAUUGACCCUGUGAGGGAAGCGGACCAGGGAAUUCAUGCUGAUGAUGGAGUGAGGAGCAAAAGUAGAAACAGGUGGUCGAGAGGUGUGGAAGGAAUCCCUUUCCGCAGGGAUACGAGAUCGGCAAAGGGAGAAAAGAAAGGCGAUGUUGGCAUGGAUGUUGCACAUGGUAACAGUGGAGGUCGUGGAGGAGAGGGAGAGUCUCUAAAGGGGAAUGACUCACUCAUAGGUGACCGCCUCGGGGAGGAAGGAGAAAAUGAAGGGAGAGAUAAGGAGGAAAGCCGAUUUAAGAGGAAGAACCAGCUUCAUCUUCAGCAUCAUCUGCAGCAUCAUCCUCAACAUCAUCUUGUGCACGGAGAUGUGCAAGCUAUGCGAAACAAGAAAGACGGUCUGCGUAGAGGUGAUUUAUUAGUAGGUGGUACUACUACCACUCCCUGUGAUGGUGGGAUGGACGUUGAUGUGGCCAAGGAAAGGAAGUGCGUGGACAUGGUUAGAGGCAACCGAACAGAUGGAAUGCCCCCCCAUUUUGAGGUCGUCCUUGGUGAGGAAAACGGCGCCUUCAAAGGGGAAGCCAAGCAGAGGGAGAGGAAAGACAACACAGAGACGAACCACUUAAGGAGGAUCAGUCGAGGAGAAUCGAGCGAUAGGAAGGUGGGUUAUGCUAACUCAUCGCCGCCACGUCAGCAGGUAGCGAAUAAAAUGAGAUCGCCGAAGCAAGGGGGUGACAGGAGCGAAAUGAAAAGUGACAGAGCAUACACCAAUUAUGGACCACAUGGAGAUAAUUUGAGGGACACCAACAACGUUUCAACGAUAGAACCCGUUCUUUGCAGCUUGGAAGGAGAGAAUGCAUAUGAUCAUAAUGAUCCCACGGAGGAAGUUCACCAACUCGACCCCAUCUCGCGCGACUACGAGAUGUGUGCAACUGACCAAGAGCAACUAAUCGUUGGAGAAAACCCCCACUGUAGUGUUGAUUUGUGUACCCAGGAGGAGACGGGUUCCCUCCCUGGUGGGGGUGGCAGAGGAGAGGCAUACGAGAGUACUACCAAUAGGGGGAGUUACCGACGGAAGAAUAAAAACAGAAAAAGCAUGUACGAGAAAGGUAUGAAUGAUACAGGUGCAUACAAUAACAGAGUUAGCAAACCUGCAAGGAGCAGAAAGAAGUGA